UAACUGGUCUGUCUUUGUCUUUCUAGAGGCUUUGACGAAACUGGAUCUUGGAAAGCUGCUGUCCGGUCUUCAUACAUCAGUGCUUCAGGGUGAAGGUUUUUAAAGAUCAACUGGUCUCUGACAAUCACUUUUAAGCAAUUUCUGAGCAAAAAUCCAAAAUCAGAGGCCCUUGCUUUUAAAUUGACGUUUAAGGCAAAGACUAAAGACUUUCACCUUGAUAUUUGCAAGUGAUGAUAGGACAGCCGUUAAUCUCUGUAUAACUGAAGGAACUUUCAACACAUAAUCAAAUUCAUCAUGCAUCUGGAAGUUAAAGUUGCGUUGAACUUCAUCGUGUCCUACUUGUACAACAAGCUCCCGCGCCGUAGGGCAGAUCUGUUUGGUGAGGAGUUGGAGCGUAUCCUGAUGUCCCGCUUCGAAGGGCAUUGGUACCCUGAAGCUCCUUUACGUGGUUCUGCCUUCCGCUGCCUGCAUCUGGGAGCUCCCAGGGAUCCUGUGGUGGAGCUGGCAGCCAGGAGAAGCGGUCUGGACACAGAGGAAGUCCGCGCCAACGUUCCCCCCGAGCUCAGCAUUUGGAUCGAUCCUUAUGAAGUGUCCUACCAGAUUGGGGAGAAGGGUGCCGUGAAAGUCCUCUACACGGAGGAUCCACCAGGUUUAGGGGGCGAUGCCGAAAGUUCCGACGUCGCUCUCAAAGGAGAUGUGGAG